UCUUAAUCUCCUUCGAUCUUCUAAAUGUCUUGCCAUGCCAACUGAAUCUACUCGACUUAUUUCCGAAUCACCUACACAGUAUUCGUCUAUACCCACCAACACAUCGAAUGCAUCGCUUUUUCAACCAGACGUCCCGCUCAACCUUAAAUUAUCUACACUAUAUACCCUCUAUGACCACGUCUCAGUGUCCAAAGUACUAAAAAACCGCGGGUGUGUAGCAAGGGAUCAUUUAGCCAAUGAACGAACAUAUCUCGCGUAUUUGCGCACCAGUCUUGCUAUGAUAUCAACAGGUGUAGCUGUUACGCAGCUAUUCAGGAUGAACAAGACACAUCCUGACAAGUCUACAGGAGGAAGACUGUUAGGAGGCUAUCUCAUCUUACUAGGCAUAAUAGUCCUUCUAUUUGCCGCGAUUCGCUUCUUUCACUGUCAAGAAGCAAUGACUAGAGGCGUGUUUCCUGUCAUGAGCUCAGUGGCCAUCGUCACAUCGGUGCUAUUGCUGACACUGUGCAUUUCAAUGCUAUAUCUAAAUUGAUAACAAUGCACAAUUCUAUUGCGAAGACUGUUUUUGCUAUAUACCCGUGCAUUAUUUUUAGCUUUUAUUGCUUGUUUCUUUGCAGCACACAAUCUCCACCAUUACGGAAUUUGAAAUAAUCAUAACAACCACCGCAUCAAAUCUCAUUCAAUCUCCAAG